UUACCGAACUGUGGAAGCCAUGUUGGGUUCGUGAAGGAGGCGUGCGUGUAGGAGAAGCGUGUAUGAGUGCCUGCAGGUGACCUUUUUGAAGGUUCUGUUUGGCUUCGACGUAGGGUCGGUUAUUCCAAGAGCGGAUGCAGCACAUUUUAAAAAAAAAUCUAUUAGGUGAAAAGUAAACUUUAGAAGGAUUCGCUUCACAGCAUGGCAGCGCAAAGGCUCCUGAGCGCGGCGAAGUCAACCGGCAGAUUCUUGCAGAACAAUGACUUAUUUCGACUCUUUCCUGGGACGUGUUCAUUUCAUGACUCCAUGGCUACUUGUGGCUCCAACAGAACCUCCAUAGUGCGUUGUGGACGACAGACCUACGCGAGGUUUUACCCCGUCGUCCUGGUCCGAGCAGAUGGGUCCACCGUCAACAUGCGGUACAAAGAGCCCAAGAGGAUCAUUAUGAUGCCGCUGGAUAUCUCCACUCUGUCUGAAGCGGACAGGAAGGCCACCCUGCGGAGACGAGAGCUGAGGAAGGGUGCAGCCAAACUGGAGAAGCCAGAAUACGAGGAUGAAUUUAAAAUAGACGACUACAGCAAAUUCUGGAAAAAGAAAUGAACUUGACUGACGGGUGGUGGACUUUACAGCAGAGGUGUGCCAUUGGGCGAUAGUGAAGGGGUACAAAUUAAAUGUCACUUUUGAUA